AUGCGAUGGCUAGGGGUGUACUUUGACAGACGAUUGUCCUUCUUACAACAUGUCAAAGAGCGAACGACCAAAGCUAUGAAGGUGUCUGCUCACAUCAGGUCGAUUGCAAGAACGGUUCAUGGGCCGCCAGCGUCAUAUCUAAGGAAAGCGGUGAUCGCUUGCGUGCUUCCGGUAGCGCUCUAUGGAACCGAGGUUUGGUAUGCAGGCAUGACCAAGCCCGGUUUAGGUCAACACGGGCCUGAUCGCUCCAUGGGCAUGAAAGCACAUUUGAAGCUGAUAGACAAGGUCAUCAACACUGCCGCACGAGGCACGAUACCAGUAUACAAGACCACGCCGAUAGUCGCGUUGAUCAAGGAAGCAGGUCUCCCCUCAGGGUGGGUGGCGUUGGAGAAGGCCAAGCUCAGGUUCGCCCUCCGGCUCCAGACAGUCGACUUUAGAAACCCUUUGGUAAGGCGGCUUGAACCCAUCAUCAGGAGAGCGGGGAAGAGGGCAGGCACUCCGAAAAGCCCUACAACUAGACUACAGCGACUUGGACGCCUAAUCCCUGAGACGGAGAGGCCCCAACUGCUCAGGCCACAUUUCUCGCGUGAAUGUCGGACCAACCCUACGAAAGGAUUUUCCAAAGAGGAGGCCGCGCUGGCGUUCAAAGAAUGGUGGCCGCAGUUACCGUCCGAGGAUUACACGAUCUUCUCGGACGGAUCAGAACGAUGGGUCGAUAGCCAGCACCAUGUUGGCCCUCUGGCAAGAUAUGGCUCUGCAUCGAUAGCACCUCCGUCAUAUGGUGUAUGA